GAGAUGGCAGCCAUCCGGAAAAAGCUGGUGAUUGUCGGUGAUGGAGCUUGCGGGAAAACCUGUCUUCUUAUCGUUUUCAGUAAAGACCAGUUUCCUGAAGUCUACGUCCCGACAGUGUUUGAGAACUACAUCGCUGACAUCGAGGUUGACGGAAAACAGGUGGAGUUGGCGCUGUGGGAUACUGCAGGCCAAGAGGACUACGACAGGUUGAGGCCUCUCUCCUACCCUGACACAGACGUCAUCCUCAUGUGCUUCUCCAUCGACAGCCCCGACAGUUUAGAAAAUAUCCCUGAGAAGUGGUCGCCUGAGGUUAAGCACUUCUGUCCCAAUGUUCCCAUCAUCCUUGUGGGGAACAAGAAGGACCUGAGGAACGAUGAGCACACACGGAGAGAGCUGUCCAAGAUGAAGCAGGAGCCAGUGAAGGCAGAAGAAGGCAAGGACAUGAUCACCAGGAUCGGUGCUUUUGGCUACUUGGAGUGCUCCGCCAAGACCAAGGACGGCGUGCGGGAAGUUUUUGAGAUGGCCACUAGAGCAGCGCUGCAGGUCCGAAAGCGCACCAAGAGGCGCGGCUGCCCGCUGCUGUGAGCAGACCGGAUACCAGGAGAUCAGCUGACCAAUAGGAAAUAAAGAAUCCCAUUUAAAAAAAUAAAAUUAAAAAAAAAUUUAAAAAAGGACUUACCUUUUACUAAAUGGCAUCUUAGUACUGUAUCUCGCAUUACAACUGAAUACAGGAAAUGAACUUUGUCUAUAUUACAACAGUGAUUAGAAUUGAAUAUUUAAAGUUUGAUUUGCUUGCUUUUUAUUUCAAAAUCUAUCUUUACUCUUACUUAAAUUGUUCAUACUUCUUUUUUGUUUUGAUGUAACAAGGCAGUGACAUAUUGUUUUCUUCACAAGCUUUAGCAGUGUCCCUCUUAGCCUGUAUAAAGUCUUCAUGUCUCCAGUCUGUCAUGCUUCUGAACAUAAGAGCUAGUGCCUUCUUUUUUUUUUUUUAAGUUUGUACACCACCAUCUAUUUCUCAUGCUUUUAGCUAACAUUUCAGAUGAGGGUCUCUCCAUUGUGCUGUAGCCAGUGUUGUAUUUGGGAGACCUGAGCAAAGCCACAAGUAAGGCUUUCAGUGCUGUCGCCUCAUCGAGCACAACAAAGGGUUGCUUGUCAUUUUUAUUGCAUUCCCUCAACAUUUGCCAUGCUCAAUUAGGAUAAAGAGAAUAAUUACAAAUAAUAAUGACAUAUAAGAUUUGAUAAGUAGUUUGUAACUAUUGCUGAUCUGUGCAGUUAGAUUGGGGGGAGGGAUGAGAACAGGCCAAUAUGACCCAGCUAUGCACAAUGACUGUUAGGAGAAACAGAAAGAAGCCAAAGCUGAAACAGAGGGAAAAGCCUAAGGCUGGCGUAACAAGGGAUUGUGUGUUUUAAAGCAGGCAACUGAGUUACACUCUGCUACAGUUCCAUUGAGCCUGCCCUUGGACUCUGUGAGCUGGUCGGGUCAGCUGAGUGUUGGAAAUAAUGUUUAAAAAGCUGUUAGCCUUUGCGUGUGGAUGUUUCCAGUCCAGUGACAUUCUUUAAAUGUUUGAGAGGAGUGUAGUCAGGUCCGUGAGGAGUUUGUUUUUGCCUGGUGCCUUCUCUGUUGUGGUGUGCCUUUAGUGGUUCUCUCCCAGACCGCAUAGACCAGGGUGCCAUGCCAACAAGGAUCAUGUUUCACUCAUCUUAGUUCUUUGAAUGGUUACACACAGGCUCAAUUCAGCAACAUGUAUCAUAGGUUUCCUAAGCUUUCAGUCCUAACAAAAUAUAUAUUUAGAAUUAAUCCAUAUAUGCAGACUAAUCUUUAUUAUAUUGCCUGAUAUGAUAGGUAACACAAAUGUCCUUGUGCAUCACGAAUGAAUUACAGGAAAAUUACAUAACUUGCAUCCUCUUUAAGGAAAAUCAUUCAUCUGUAGCUAUAAAGUUUAUCUCUGAUGUUUAAGAGUUGUGUAUUAUUGCCAAAAAAAAAGUUAGUGCAACUGGGUUUAUUCAUCUGUAUAUAUAUAUCCUGAUUUAUGUUGGUGUUUGAUAUGUUAUGCCUCAAGUCAAAAAGAGACAUAGAAUAUUGUGAAAUGUACUUAAAGCAGCCUUUGAAGACAUGUCAUAGACCGUCCACGUGGUCCUCUCAGAAUACUCCAUUGAGAUAUUUUUCCUGGAAAUACAGCGGCUUGAUAUACAACACCUGGAAAGCCCAGUGACUGUCCUCAGGCUCACACUCCUUAUGGCAUUCCUUCUGUAGCGCAUUCCUGUACUCUUCAUGUCCCUCGGUUACUUGUUGCUGCCCGUCUAAAGGAGGGAGGACGUUGAAAUGUGUGAUUUCUUUGAUCAUGCAUGUGAUCUUUCAAGAAAACCAGUAAUGGCAACAGACCUAACCACCUGCCACUUUAUUCUAACCAAGUACAUUUGACUAAGUGGAGAAGCUACAACAUACAAACAGCACCAUAUUAAUGUUGUUACCUUACAUCUUUCUAGCUCUAUGCUUUACUUUAUUGUGGUAAACAAGCACACCGACAAGGCGAAACUGAUUCUUAAAGGCUUUUUAUCAAUUAAAACAUGGAUUUUAAGAUAUGUGUUUCAUAGUUGUGGUAUGAUGUUCACAAGCUUAAUGAAGUCAAGGAAUUCCUGGGGAUUAGGUCGGAGUAGAUAGUCGAAUAGCUUUCACAGCUGGAAGCACAGCAUUCUGAUGAAAGCCUCUCCGAGCUGCAGAGGGUCUAGUGUUACACGUGUCACCAGGAGCAUGAACAAUACUGCUGUAACAGAUAAUGUUGCGCUUUUAUCAAAAGUUGUCCUUGUGAUGUUGAUGCAUGCAUGAGAAAAACAUUGGUCUUUAAAGUAAGCACACACACAGCUUUGGAAACAGAUUCAGCUCAGUUGUGCAGCUUUUCUUUCUUUGGAAGUAUUUGAAACGAUAAAGAAUCCUGAUUUAUAUUAAGCGUAUUGUCAUGAUGCUUUGUAAACGGGAAGUAUUGUAGCUAAGGCUAACAUGAACAUUGUUAAUAAACUAUUUUUGAGACGAUA